CUCUGCAUGCAGUACUGGCCAGAGAAGACAUCCUGUUGUUAUGGCCCUAUCCAAGUCGAGUUUGUGUCAGCAGACAUUGAUGAAGAUAUCAUCAACCGGAUAUUCCGGAUCUGCAACAUGGCCAGGCCCCAGGAUGGCUAUCGCAUCGUGCAGCACCUGCAGUACAUCGGCUGGGCAGCCCCAGCCUACAGGGACACCCCUCCUUCCAAACGCUCCCUCCUCAAGGUGGUCAGAAGGCUGGAGAAGUGGCAGGAGCAGUAUGAUGGGAGAGAUGGGAGGACUGUUGUCCACUGCCUGAAUGGUGGGGGACGCAGCGGCACCUUCUGUGCCAUCUGCAGUGUGUGUGAAAUGAUCCAACAGCAAAAUAUCAUUGACGUGUUCCACAUAGUGAAGACACUACGGAAUAACAAAUCCAACAUGGUAGAGUCACUGGAACAGUAUAAAUUUGUAUACGAGGUUGCACUGGAAUACUUGAGUUCCUUUUAGCCCAGCAAAGGGAGGGGAACCCCUGAAGUGCCAGACCCCAAUCUCUGGCAGACACUUCUCCCCUCUCCCACACUGGAAGGCAGUAACAAGUGUGGGAAGAAAACCUCUCCUUCCCGGAGCAAGAGACUGAGGUUGCACAGACCUCUCUGGAAGGAGGAGAUGAUGCCUGUGUGUGCUGCUGCCUGCUUUCUAUGGGAACAUCUACUGCUUCUUAAAUAACCUACUGUAAAAAUUAGCAAAAUGGGAGACAGGCUGAAAGACUGGACUUUCUAAUCCCCCUCUGACUUCUCUCCUCUUUUGGAUUGUAUUUUUGCUCUGCUUGCUGCAGAGUGGGGAAGGAAUGAAACCCUUAGGAAAUUCUCUUUUAAAUGGCUCCUUUUUAAUUUAUAAUUUUGUUCUCAAAUCCCAGUCUCUUAAUUUUUUAAUUUCAUGCAGCAGUCAUUUGGGAAAAACGAGAUAGCCAUAGGGGAUACAUAAAAUGUUUCAUUACGAUUUGUCUACCUUAUCUGUUCCCUUUUAUUUGUUUUUCCAAAUGAAAAG